AUGCUACCGUCGCAGGUCUCUGCACCCGAACCACUGUACGUUGUCGAGCAGCCACAGAUGGUCACGACGCAAAUUCCACGACCAAUGUCCACCGUUUCUUCAUCGCAUUACGGCACGCCGCGCGAAAGUCCAGAGAUGCUACGAUAUCAGCCAACAGCAGCCGGAUCGCGCAAGCGCAGUCACCAGUCGGACUUUUCAUACGACUACCAAGGCUUGCAACAAUUACAAGCUCAUGCUGGAAGCAGCGCGCAACUGCCAGUGGAGCUCACACCUCAUGGUCACCAUGCACAACUCCAAGCCGGGGCGUCGUCCUUCUACCUGCCUUCCCAAGCAGGCUCACCACCAGAUUCAUACCAACAGCAAUCAUUUCAAAGCAUGACUCCGGCCACCCACCACCACCACCGACUUCCUAAUCAACCACCGCCUGCAAAGUCGGCUAGACUUGGAGACUCGUCGCCCGUCGCAGACGAUAUGGGGCCGCCGAGUAUGGUCGGCCAACCAGGCAUGCCGACACCAGCACCGAAGCCGAAAGGACCCAAGCUCAAAUUCACAGCCGAGGACGAUGCUCUUCUCGUCGACCUCAAGGAGACCAAGAAUUUGACAUGGAAGCAAAUCGCCGACUUCUUCCCAGGUCGCAGCUCGGGUACACUGCAAGUACGAUACUGCACAAAAUUGAAGGCCAAGCAGACUGUGUGGACAGACGAUAUGGUCGACAAACUCCACUUGGCGAUGCAGGAGUACGAGGAGGAUCGAUGGAGGAUCAUCUCGAGCAAGAUCGGUAAUGGCUUUUCCGCCGCUGCUUGUCGGGAUAAAGCAGCCGAAGUCGAUCCUGCGGAGGCUUCUCGACAGGCUACGGAUGUGGUCGGUGAAGGCGAUGAAGAAGCCAUAACAUUGGCGCAUGGUCCUGAGAAGGACGAUGUCGUUCAAGUAGAGGCACAGCAGGCAACUUCAUCGUCAUCGCGGAAAGGGCAAGCGGCUGAUACGAAGGACAUCUACAGAAAGCUACGGGAUACAAGGGAUUCAUGA